UUCUAUGGAUGCAAUAUUCUCUUGGACAUCUCUCCAGAUACUGAUUUGAAUUUUUAAAACGUUUUCCACAUUCCACUUUUCCCUGAAAAGUCAGUGGUUUUGCUUAUUCAUCUUAGUUUUUCUCCGCCGGGCUGUUGGUUUUGCUCAAGUGUCUGGUGAUUGGCCAUUCAUAGGAAGGACUAGAUCACUACGGUGUGCUGUCCCCUACCUGUGUUGCUCACCAUGGAAGAGAUGGGGAAGACUGAUAUCCAGCUGCAGAGACCUAUAAAGACUGAGUGGAAUCCCCGGUGUGUCCUCUUCACCUAUUUCCAAGGGGACAUCGGCAGCGUAGUGGACGAACACUUCUCCAGAGCUCUGAGCAAUGUCAAGAGCCCCCAGGGAUUGAGCCCCUUGAGCCAGAGCACAGAUGUGAUCCUGAGGAAUGAUAGUGACAUGCCUCCAAAUCAGUGGCGUUUCUCUUCUCCGUGGACAAAGCCAGAGCCAGAAGCAUCUUUUGCAUAUGGUGCCCCCAACUGCAGUCUCAUGACUCCGGAUCAGUAUCCCCUGUCCCUGGCGGGGAGCCCCUCCAUUCAGUCUGAUGAGCUGUGGCAUUACCCCUCCCUAGGCAACCCCAGCUCCUCAGAGUCUGGCUACUCUCAGGCCUACUCCAGUGGGCACAUGGUUCCAGACCCCCAGCCUGAGGGGAAAUAUGAGCCUUUCCUAAGUCUCCUCCAGCAAGACCGACACCUAGCCCAUCCUCAGGAGUCCACGGUGUGGGAAGAUUGCAGCUCUGCCCAGGUCGCCAGAAGUGUGGGAUUGCUCUGUGACUUGCCUCCCAGCUCAGCCCGUGAUAAGAAAAUAUAUUUCCCCCCAGAUGGUGGACCUGCCAGUGCCAACCUUGCAAGUGAAAAAAGCCAGUCUCCAGAGCGAAGAAAUGUGUUCUUUUAUUGAACCUCAGUCCGAAGAAGAGAAUUCCUUUUUCCAAACCUGCUCGUGAUUUUCUACUGUGAAUCUAGAGGGUCUAGAGACUGCACCGUCCUUUUUUCUCUUUCCGUCACUAAAGAGCAUUGCGCCAGGAGCACGUUGCUGUUCCCCGCAAAAUCUGACACUUCUCUUCCUUGGCACCUGCGCCCUGUGGCAGGAGUUUUCCAACUUGAGUGACUCACCGGCACGUGAAAUGGUUAAAAGAGCAGUUCAGGGAUGGGAACCAUAGAGGCCCCCCCACUGCCUGCUUCUCCCACCUUCCCUGCACCUGCUGCCCUCCUACUUAGAAAUCAGUCCCCUUAACCCUCUACCAGCAGGGUCUUUCAAACCAAGACACCAUAUGGUGUGCUAUGGGGUUGUCCCACUUUGCCAACUGAAUGGAGGAGAUACCAGGAGUGGCCUGAAGCUGUCUAGCCUUAACCCAGACUCUGGCCAGCCGGCCUCAUGCUUCUACCAAAGGCAAAAUGAAAAUGGGGUGGGCAAGACCCAUGGAGGAAGUUGAGGCUGGGCAUUCCCUGCAUCCUCAGAGUCUAGAAGGAAGCUGAAAAGGUUCGGGAAGCCUCUCAUGAAUGAAGUCCUUUCGCUUGGAAUUUUUGACUCCUCAGUUCUAAAAAAAAAAAAAAAAAAUGAUUCCAAAUGGAGUUGCUGAGGAAUCUGAGAACUAACUUACUGGAAAUUAGUUAGCCGACUGCCGCAUCCCAGGCUGGGCCUAGACUAAGUUCUGUGCCAAGAGCAUUUCUUAGUUGCGGCUCCAUGAGUUUCUUUCUGCCCUCACUUUGAGGAUGAGGACUCUGGCAUCUGACCCCCCCCAUAGGUGUUCAGCUGGACCUUGGUGACAUCUUCCAGCCUUCCACAGGGGCCCACCUGGCUUCCACAAACAAUGAAGGCUUCCCUUUAGCUCUUUCACUGUUAGUGACAUCUGGGAACCAUUAGCUCUUUUCAGCACAGAGCCUUUGGGGCCACCCAUGUGGAUAGCCACCGCAUCUUAGAUGUGGCAGCAGGACCUCCCCACAGAUUGUUCCAGAUAAAAUGACAAAUUUCUUCAAACUCCUUCAUGUCUCUAAUCUAGUAGAAAAACUUGUGGCCAGUGUGAGCUUGGUGCUUAGCCCGUGACAACCCCAGAGACCCCUGCUGUCAAUGUUCACCAUCCAUGCAGCACCCCUCCCCCCACUUGCCCCUGUGUAAUAGCUCGGAGGGUGGACAAUAAAAUGACU